CGUAGGGUAAGUUCCUGCUGUGGCUUGAGGGAAACAGAUCGACAUUGAGCCACGGGAGAAUCGCACUUUGCGGCCUGUGGAAGCCCCCUCCCUGAGCAAUGGCCUCACCAGUCUCAGUCUACAACUCCAACGCCUUGGACACACACAUCUCCAGUACCUCCAGAGAGUCUCUAAAGAUGGAGUUGUUAGCUGACGUAUCUUUGCUGCCAGGGGAGGAGAGAAUUAUAGAUAAAGACAUCAUCUACAUCUGUCCAUACAGCGGAGCUGUGAAAGGCAAAGUGUUGAUCACCAACUACAGACUCUACUUUAAGAGCUCAGAUGCUGAUGUGGCGCUGACGCUGGACGUUCCUUUGGGUGCCAUCAGUCGGGUGGAGAAGAUGGGUGGGGCAUCAAGCAGAGGAGAAAACUCUUACGGCCUGGAUAUCACCUGCAAGGACAUGAGGAACUUGAGGUUUGCCUUGAAGCAGGAAGGCCACAGCAGAAGAGAUAUCUUCGAGCUCCUCUUCAAAUAUGCCUUCCCUCUCUCACAUAGUCUGCCACUGUUUGCAUAUGUGACUCAGGAGAAGUACGCCGAGAACGGCUGGGACAUCUACAAACCUGUAGAGGAGUUCAGACGGCAGGGCUUACCUAAUAGCAAGUGGCGUAUAACGUUCAUCAAUAAGAAUUAUGAUCUGUGUGACACCUACCCCACUGUGUUGACUGUACCCUUUAAAAGUAAAGAGGAGGACCUCAGAAGAGUGGCUGCCUUCAGGUCAAGAGGACGCAUACCGGUUUUGUCAUGGAUCCACAGAGAGAACCAGGCGGUGAUCGUCCGCUGCAGUCAGCCUCUGGUUGGUAUGUCUGGUAAAAGAAACAAGGAUGACGAGCGCUACCUGGAUCUUAUCAGGGAGGCAAAUGACACUGCCAAGCUCACCAUCUACGAUGCUCGGCCUAGCGUCAAUGCUGUGGCCAACAAGGCCACAGGAGGAGGCUAUGAGGGUGACGAGUACCAAAACGCAGAGCUCAUCUUCCUGGACAUUCAGAAUAUCCAUGUCAUGAGAGAAUCCCUAAAGAAACUCAAGGACAUCGUCUACCCAAAUGUGGAGGAAUCUCAUUGGCUGUCCAGUCUAGAGUCGACACACUGGCUAGAACAUAUUAAGCUGGUGUUGUCAGGAGCCAUCCAAGUAGCAGACAAGGUUUCCAGUGGGAACUCAGUGGUGGUUCACUGCAGUGAUGGCUGGGACCGGACUGCCCAGCUCACCUCUUUGGCCAUGCUGAUGCUGGACAGUCACUACCGCACUCUCAGAGGCUUCCAGGUGCUGAUUGAGAAGGAAUGGAUCAGCUUUGGGCACAAGUUUGCCUCGAGGAUAGGUCAUGGUGAUAAGAACCAUGCAGAUCAGGACAGAUCACCCAUCUUUGUUCAGUUCAUCGACUGUGUAUGGCAGAUGACUAAACAGUUUCCUACAGCCUUUGAGUUUAACGAGCGCCUCCUGCUGACAAUCCUGGAUCACCUCUACAGCUGUUGUUUUGGGACUUUCCUCUACAACUGUGAGAGUGCACGAGACCAGCAUGAGGUGCGGACGAAGACGGUGUCUCUGUGGUCUCUGGUCAACAGUAAGAUGGAAAUGUAUUUAAACCCUUUCUACACCCCAGAGUCCGGAAGGGUCCUUUACCCCGUUGCCAGCAUGCGCCACCUAGAGCUGUGGGUAACAUACUACAUCCGCUGGAACCCACGCAUACGACAACAGCAGCAGAGUCCAGUGGAGCAGCGCUACAAGGAGCUGUUGGCCCUCAGAGACGAGUACUUGAAGAAGCUGGAGGAGCUGCAGCUGUCUGACUCCUCCCCUUCCUCCCGUCUGGCUAACAUCCCCACCCCCAACACCUCCUCCUCCACCUCCUCCACACCACCACAGCAAUACACACAGCUACACACUCCCCUCUGAGGGCUGCUUACAUACGCACACACAUACACAAACACAGAUAAACUUGUUGACUUGCACUUAUGUCCUCUUCACUCUGAUUUCUGUCAGUCUCUCACACACGCAGGGAAUUAAUUAGUAUUGUGCAGUCCUAACUGUUGAUAACAGAGAAUGCUAAUAAGAUUUAGAUUUGAUGGGUAAUUCUAACACCAUAGUGGUGAUGAUGGUGAUUUAUGCAAUAUGUCACAGUACAGCCUUGUCAGACUUUUCUACACACACACUCAUCAUACAGGGAAGCCUUAAAGACAUUCAGUGGCUUUCAGUCCAAGGGCUUGAGCACACAGGACACACAGCGGAUGUGCAGAGGCAUUCACACAGGCAGCAAAACUCAGCCAUGUUAUGUGUUUUCUCUGAACGUCAUACUCUGAUUUGACAGAAACACACCAGGAAAUCUGUUUGUGUUUUUUUCUAAUCGCCAUAGAACCACAUACAUCUGCUAUAGGUAGAUCCCGUUACUCCCACUCUUUUUGCUAAGCGAGGCUAACCAUGUCGUUGACCUAUCACAUCAAACUGAUGUUGAUAUUCUCAUCCAUCUAGUUGAGUGUUAAAGUUCAUUUUUAACCAUGGAAAGAAAUUUUAACUCAGGGUCUCAGCUUUCAAAUAAAGUUAAUGGGUAAGUUUGGUAUUUUAAAACCUGGACCCUAUUUUCCCAUGUUUUUGUGUCUAAGUGACCAAUUGGAAGAACAAUUUUUGGAAUUGGUCAAGACAGGCUGCAAUAUAACCAUUCAGGGCAUGGUUGCACUGUCACUUUACAUCCACUAAAAGUGUUUGUUUUGCCACUGACAGGCUCAGAUUAUUAUUCCAUGUGUCUGACAACAUUAUGGAAAGGAUCCCUACAGAGAUAGACCUUUUGUUAAAGACUAAGAUCCCUUUUUGUGAAACUUGAAACAGCCCUGAAAUCACUGUUGUCAAAGUCACCAGACUCCAUUUAAACAAAAAGUAAUUUUAUCACCGUAAAAUACACUCCAUUCAAAGUUGACAGAAACAAAAUAAAACUCAAAAAACCUAUCUUAGUUCCUUUUGUCACUGUUACAACAAUCACCAGCUCUGGUUUGGUUGAAAUAAAUCCUUAAAAAAUAUGCUGGCUCUAUACACUCUAAAAUUACUGUUAAUUUAAAUGGAGUCUGGUGAGUUUGGCGAUUGCGAUUUUCGGGGUCGUUCUGGUUAAACAAAGUGAUCAUUACUCUUUAACAAAAAGGUUUAUCUCUGUAGGAAUCCGUUCUAUAAAUUGUCAGACACAAUAAUAAUCUGAGCCUGACAGUUGCAAAAACAAGCGCUUGUAGUGGAUGCAAAUUGACAGUUUGGGCGAUGGCGAUUUCUGGGCUGUUUCUGCUUAAACAAAAAGGAUCUUUCUGUCUAAAAAAAGGUCUAUCUCUGUAGGAAUUCUUUCCAUAAAUUGACAGACAGUGGCAAAAACAAGCACUUUCACAGGAUGAAACGGUGCACACAUGCAUCAGGUGGUUACAUUGUUGCCUGUUUCCCUGCUGCCUGGCUGCAGCACCCUCACGCAAUAUUGGACAUCACUCGGACACAAAAACAUGGGAAAAUAGGAUCCAGGUUGAAAAAUAUCAAACUUAUCCUUCAUGCAAACUCCACUCACUGAUGAAAGACCCUGUGAUGCUGUUAUUAUUUUGCCAAGCAACAACAAACAUGUUUAUGUGUUAAAAUUUAAAGAGGUAAAAAAAAAAAGGUGAAACUUUUGUCUUUGUGAGGUGGGCUCCUGCCCGCGUCCUGCUACACAAGCGUGGGUGUCCUGUGUGAACAAAGCGAAAUGCUAAUCAAGAUGUUGUACAAUUCUCACAUCUCACACUUCUUCCUACUUGCUGCACUGCUACUGCGUGUUGCCCUUUCCCUCGAGGAAUUGAUAAGAAGUGCUGUAGAGCUCGUGCAGCGAAUUGGGAGGCUUUGAGCUUCUACAGUGGAUGUCACUGUAUGUCUCCAGCUAAGUGUAUAUAUCAGGUGUGUCAGAUUUGGAUGGAGUGAUGUGGAAUUUGUUGCUUAACAUCUAAGGGUGAAAGCUCGAGUUGUCUCUGUCACGUGUGGUUUGAUAUUGCUAUCAGCUACGCUCACCGAAGCAGUAUGUUCCAGCACUUUCUAAGCUAUGGCGCUGAUAGUAAAUGCAGUUCUAGCCUACAGGCAGAGUUAGGUUAGAAUGAAUCAGUGAUUUACUUUGAUGAAUGCAGCUUUGAUAUGGUUUGAAAUAUAUUUUAGGUGCUCAAGAUAGUCGAGGGAAAUGAAGUGGUGCUGGCCUCUGAUCCUGGAUCACUUCUUGUGCUUUGAUGUUGUCACUAAACACAGACCCUGGAUGGAGAAACCAGCCCAGGUCCAUGAUAGCCUUACCAUGCCAAGAUGUUUGUAACCAGCACACAGAAAUACCAAUUAGCUCUCACUCCCCUUUAAAUACACUUUUUGUAGACCUGACUGUUUCUAGUUAUUCUAUCCACCCCCACUGUAAAGUCUCAUGUGAACACUCACAUGUAAUCUCAUAAAACAUGUGCCUUUUGGACAGGAGUGUUUUUUCAUCCCACAUUUAAGUUGGAUAUCAUGUGCCUCAGUUUUUACAUUAGAAAGGAAACUUUAAGUCAGUGAAUGAAAUAUUGUUUGCCAGAAUACAUCUUUGUGUAGCAUAUUGACUAUUGGUCUCCUCAAACAUCAGCAUGGAAAUUGAUGCAUAACAUGUUAUAACUGAUCAAUAUAGGGAAAGCUAUAAAAAAAAAAGGUGAAGUCGUAAAGGUAGAGGAACUAGUCUUGAUUUUUACAGAGAGUAACUUCUGGCAAAUGUAAUGUUCAUGUUGAAAAUUUAAUGGAAGAUAAUUUCUAGCAGAAAAAGAAAAAAUGGAUGCAAUGUUGAAAUGGCAAAAAAUAGAAAUAUUGAUUAUUAUAGGAUACCAGGUUUAAAUUAUGACAAAAGUAAUUGAUGAGUCUUUUUUUUAUCUCAUGCUAUCUUGUAAUUUUGAUUCACUGUCUCAAAAGUAUGAUGUAGUGUCUCAUAAAUCUGACUUAAAGGUACACCUUGACUUUUAAGUUGCAAAAAAUGACUUAAAGUCAAAAUCUUGACUAAUCUCAUGAUUAUGACUUAAAGGGUAACUUUGGUAUUUUUCAUCCUGGACUCUGUUUUUGCAUGUAUUUGUCUCUAAGUGACUCAUGGGAGCAACAUUUUUUGAAAUACUUUACAGUAUUAAGUAAGAACACUGCAGUCAGCAGCAGUGAAACAUGCUGUAGUGUAACCACCCUUGCCUUGUUCUCACUGUCAGUUUACAAAAUUAAAAGUGCUUGUUUUAUGCCACUUACAGGCUCAGAUUGCAUCAUUGUUUCUGACAACAUUGUCUCUACAGAGAUAGAGCUUUUUGAACUUUUUUGUUUUACAUAGACAGACCCAAAUUUGCCAUUGCCAGAUACUGUCAGUGGCAAAAGCAAGCACUUUCAGUGGAUGUAAAUUGGCAAUUUGGGCAAAGGCGAAUUUUUUUUUUUUUUUUUUUUUUUUUUUGGCUGUUUCUGGUUAAACCCAAUGAACCUUACUCAUUACAAAAAUGCCUAUCUCUGUAGGGAUCUGUUCAAUAAAUUGUCAGACACAAUAAUAACCUGAACAUGACUGUGGCAAAAACAAGCGCUUGUUGUGGAUGCAAAUUGACUGGUUUGGUGAUGGUGAUUUCUGCCCUUUUUUUGCUUAAACAAAAAGGAUCUUACUCUCUAAUAAAAAGGACUAUCUCUGUAGGGAUCAUUUUUAUACAUUUUCAUAGGAAUAUGGGAAAAUAGGUUCAGGUAACAAAAAAAAAAAAUAACGAAGUUACCCUUUGAUACCUCAUCAUUUUGACUUACCUUGAGUAUUUUUAUUUAUAAUUUCACUUUUUUCCUGACUCAAAUGAGCUUUUAUUUAAUUCCCCAAAAAGAACACAUCGCAUCCAACCUGUCCAAAAAGCACAUUGUUUAAUAGUUGUCUCUUUGGGUUCUGGGGCUGUCAUGGAACCGGUGCAUACAGAGCAGUGUGCAGAGUCAAACUCAGGACAUCACAUGGACAACAGUGUGUGGGGGGUUUAAAGAGGGAUGUUGGAAACAGAGUCAAACUGCCUGAUAUGAGGAUUUUGCUGCUAACUCCAAGGGCUCCCAUUUUGGUUAGUUUAAAAACAGCUGACACAAACUUGGACAGCAGAAUAAUGGCCAGCAUGCUGGUAACACGUCUGUCAAAGAUAUAUGUACUGUAUCGUUCAGUCUGUCAAGAUGAUGACAGGGCUGUUUAUUACAAUCACUCUUGAGUUUAAGUUGUCUGCCACCAUAUUUUUUCUCAGUCUGGUAGUCCUCAGUCUCUGGCACUUUAUUCCAACAUGGGCCACUUAAUAAAUAACUGGGGCUUGAUUACUGGAAUACUGUAAGUUGAGGAUUUGAGUGUGAUAUUGUGUGUUGCCAGGACAUGAUGAUCCCUCAGAGAGAAAAUGAAUAACUUGUCUAAUGCUGAUGUGUUGUUUUGGCAAUGCCAGCUGUGGGGUCCAUCACUGAAAGCAACAAUAAAACCAAUGGAUAGCUAUUAAGAGGAGUUCCAGACCUGGUCCUGGUCGCAGUUUAGCUUUAACACUGCAACAAUCUUGUGCUCUGGCUCCAUACCCAAGCGAAGCCGCUCAGAACUAAUACAGGGUAGAUACACCUGGAAGUCUACUUGGACCACCACUGUAGAUCAUGUCCACCUGGCACUAUUUUUGUAACAUUUCAUAAAAACCUCCUUCACAAAUGAAUGUUAUGCUUCAAUACCCCAGAAGUUCUAGGGUAUUGGCAGUCUGUCUGAAUGGGUUAUGGCACAUCAGCUGACCCUUCUCCUGACUUGGGUUGAACACUGGUUGAACAUUGGUGUUUGGAUGUUUCUUACCAAAUCUCUCUUGUUGUAGUCAUCUCCACUUUGUAUGAUGUACACAGGACAUAGAGUAGCCACGUUUCCACCAAACUCUCUCAGUAUAGUACCCUUAGAACUCGUACAUAACCCAUACAUGCAUGUACCUAAACCCUAGAUCUGUUUUGUGUUUCCACAGCAGACAGUACUCUUAAAUGUAGCAGGGUUGUUACCAGAUGGUGAUUGACACAUCACAGCUCCAUCCAGUCACUCCACUUACUGUAUUUUCUCUUUACUAACGAUGCAGAGGAAGGUCUGCACCUCACUGAUUGUGCGCCAGCAUUUUCAGAACGAAAAAGAAUAGGCUGGAGUGCUUAAAGUCUCUGUCGUAAAUAGUGGGUUUGUGCAUUGAGUCCUUGUCAAGCAAGGGUAACAGUUGUCUCUUGACCAGUAAACAGACUACAGUGUUUCUAGCUGCACUUUUUGGUAUCGGAUCAAUCUGUGAGGUACCUGAGCAGAGAGGUAACAAAAAAAACAUGACGUAAUGGAACGGUCCUUUUGGAACCAUCCACAACUUUUGAUAAUGGGCAUGCAAAGAUAACUGUUCUAAUGUAUAACAAACUGAACUGAACUGAACCAGAAUGCUUGGUGGAAACGAGGCUAAUAGGAUUUUACCUCUGGGACCCUUAAUGCCCAAAGUAUUUCCUCCCAAUUUGCUUUUCUACAGCAUCAUCAAGUCCUAAAUAAGCAGAGAGGAAUUUUAGUUAAGGAGGUUCAGAAAAAGCCAGCUCAGACUCCAAUUUCCCUCACAUUGUUUUGUUCAACUCAUAGGGUUUUAGCAAGUCAGAAGCAAUGAACAGUGGUGAUAGUUUCAAUUGUGAAUGAGGUGCAAUAAGUCAUUUUGCUAAGUGUGUCAGGUCAUGUCCAGAUUUGUGCCUUGAUUCUUGUGAGAAUCACCUUCACCUCUUAAGGGAAAACACACUCUAGCUAUCCUGGGUCAUGUUUGAGAUUGACUGCUCUGGGUUCCAAAGGAAGAAAGCUCUGUAUGAUUUUGAAGGAUGCCAUGCUGUUGUUUAUGGAUCUGUGCCAGUUUGAAGUGGGAGGAAGUGGGCGGGCAAUGCAGGCAUUCCUCCAGCAACUACAGAUUGCAGAGGACAGGCCAAGGUACCUUUCCCUGUGUUAAAGAAAGCCUUUGUUUAUCUCCUCCAAAUCCUACACUGUGUGACUCUGCAACAGAUCACAUAGUAGCAAGAAAAAGUACAACUUUUCUGGUUGAACUUUAAGGGACCCUGUUGGCCCACUGUAGUUAAGAUUGUUUCCUCAGUGCAUUUAUUACAGAGAUACAGAAGGUCCAAGGCAUAUUCAGUUUAGUGCAAAUCUUCUGUCUGAACUGAAGAUAUGUUUUUCAAAGCUGCCUUACUGAUGAGGAUAUUGUGAGCUUGCAAGCCAGUUACCAGUCCAUCCAAGAGCCAUCUUGGCUUUGUUAAAAACUCAACUGUGCCCAAACCUGCUUUGAGGACAAAAAAUAAGGACCCAAAGCUAUAUUUCAAUUGCUACUGGUCCUCAGCUUGCCAGGUAGAGUUGCUACAAUGUUGUCAGGAUACCAGUCUUAAACUUCACUUCAGUACUAGUAUAGAAAAAAAUGAUACUUAUUAGCUCUUUUGAUACCAUGGCAAAGAGAAAGAAGUCUUUAGCACACAAAAUAGGAUAAUUUUUGUUUUGUUUUUUUAAUGAACAACUUGCACAAAAUGCUGAUAGAGAAAGUCACUUUAGACAUACCAACAAGUUUGUAAUAAUGCUAAUAAUUAUGACAAUUGAAAUCUGAUUGUAGAUCUGUUUUUAAGAGCUUAGUGAUACUAUCAAAUAAAUAAUUAAUGGGUAUCAUAUAGUUUUAAACACUUGGUAUGGAAAAAGCAUUGAUACUUUUGACCACCUUAAUGGGGACACUGACUGAGUCUUUUCGCUCUGGCAACUCUGCCUCAGCUUUAUGUCGUUAUCUCCUUCUGCUGUUCUACCAGGGGUCCUUGAGGGAGUACCAGGGAGUUCUUAAAAAAUGAGAAAUAGUUUAUUAUCAUUAUUUAAUUCACAAUAAAAGUGAGCCCAAAUUGAGUAAAAGUCAGGAGAAUGACUAUUCUGAUUGGUUAUCUACUCAACUGUAGUUGACAACUAUAGAGUAUUUUCAGAUGGAGGUCCCUGAAGGAAACUCUUAUCAAAUGGAGGUCCGUGACUUAUGUGUAUCAAUUUCAAGAAGGUCAAGGACCACUGAUCUAAAGAAUAUAACCAAUCAAAUUUUAACAAAUGGCAGUAGUACAGUACAAUCCGAUUCAACACUGAAAUGACCUAAGAGCGCAUUUUAGUGAAACUGUAUCAUUAAAUUGUAAAGAUAUGAUUGUUCCACCCUGUAAAGGUACAUUUCCUAACCAUGCUAGGAGGCACAGGAUUCUCUGUUGAAUUUCAAAACCUUAACAGUGAGCUUGAAAAAACAGUGGUGUAGUGGAGGGGUUUACCCACCAUGUUUUCUGGCCCUUUACAGUAUACCCAUCCAUCAGCCAAAGACCCAUUGGAAUACAUAGUAUAUCCAUUUCCUCCUUAGUAACCUACCCAUUUGCCCAGUAGUACACACAUCUCAUCAACUACCACUACACCACUGUCAAGGAACAUCUGUUGUUCUGGUUAUACUUAAGGUGCACUCAACACUGUAUGGACCUUUGAAACUGAGGUAUCUCGGCAAGAGGUUUUUAUGUUUCAUUUGCACCUGCCAAAAAUCAUGCCACCAGCACAAACAGGUUCCAAUCAACAAUCUCGAUUUUGGAUGAGUACAAAUGUAAUUCUGAGGAUUGGCCAGCAGAUGUCACCAAAGCUUUGCUGUUGUUACACAUUGAUUUGUUGUAGUUGAGCCUAAUGAUGGCAGAAACAGACUGACAAAAUUAAGUACUGAAGUUUCAAGAGAGAAUGUGACUUUGGUUACCUGCAAGUAUGUUAAAUCUCAAACAUGACCUUUUUCUGUCUGGAUGGGUCUGGGUGGGCAGAUAAGAGAGAGCAACCUGAUUCCUGUGUUCACAGAGAGGUGAAUUAACAUAGGUUCUACCAAAUGGAUACUUAUGACAAGUCCUCUAAGAAAGGUCUGAUCUCACUGAGGAGGUUUGUAGGUAACAACACAGAUGAGGUGAAAGCAACAUAAAGUGUGCAUUGGUCGGGUGGUUGUGUUUUUAGGGAAAAACAGAUGAAAAUCUAUUUUUAUUAUUUUUUACUUUGUACAAGCACCAUGAUGUAAUUACCUCAAUCAAAACCUAUUUUACUGUCUAAAGUUCUAUUGUUGUAAAAUACAAUUAUUUUAUGUAGUGUAAAAUCUUACAGUUUUAUAAAAAGGAAAGUAAUGUUGGUUCAGAAAUUGUUGGUAUAAAUUGUGGAUUUCUGCUCCAUUGGUUAAAUUUUGUUUGUUUUAUUUUUGAGGGCAUUUCUUUGGUUUGUACUUGCUAACCCAGGAUGAAUAGACAGAAGCUUCUGGAUACUGUUCACUCGUCACAAACCUUGACAUCUCCCUCUCAGUUCUCUGAUGGAUCUUUAGCUUUUCAAUUCACUAUGGCUCUUUGUUGAUGAAGCUGAGAAGUACUCUGUCAUUGUUCAUUUCAAAUGUAAUCUUUCAUUAUAGUAGGGGGUUGUAGUUUGAGGGGUUUUGUGUCAUAAUAUAGCCUGCUUUUUAAUAAAUACACAUGAAAUGUGUUUCAGGAUCUUUUUGUCAUCAACAAGGGAAAGUGAAAUCAGAAUACAUUUCAAAUGUAUUUCUUUUAAUCAUGUUAUAUCCUCUCCACGGUUUGUUGGAUGGGUCCUGUUAUGUAAAUAUUACUGAUUAAAUUAAUUUAAGGAUUUCUGACUCUG